CUAGAAGGGGUUUGAUGCAAAUAUUACCAAAUCCUCGAAAGUGGAAACCCUAAUUUUUGCGGUUGUUUUCUUCCUCUUCACGGCAUCGCCGCCGCGCUUCUCUCCCUCCCGCUGAAGCCAUCGCCUCCGAUUCGCCGCCGGUGAUCUACAACCGCAAGCGAGCCGAACUCAAGCCACCAAUGGCGAAGAUCGACGCCGGAGAUGGUCUGAAGAAGCUCGAGUAUCUUUCGCUCGUCUCCAAGGUCUGCACGGAGCUUGAAUCUCACGUCGGAUGCAGUGAUAAGGUCCUCGCCGAGUUCAUCACUGAGCUUGGCCGGAAGUCGGAGACGGUGGAGGAGUUCGACGUGAAGCUUAAGGAGAACGGUGCCGAGAUGCCAGACUACUUCGUCCGCACGCUGCUCACCAUCAUCCAUGCUAUACUUCCUCCAAAAUCCAAGUCCAAAACCCCCUCAAUUGAUGCCUCGAAGAAAUCCUCCUCUGCUUUCCCCGCUUUGUCCCGUCCUGACGACCGUGAGCACACGAAGAGGAUCCAGCUCGAGAUCGAGCGCGAGGCUGAGGUGAAGGUAGCGGAGGAGGAGCGCGGCCGUGAGCAUGAAGACCGGGAUAGAGACCGGAGGCGCGACCGUGAUCGUGAUCGAGAUCGAGAUCGAGAUCGGGAACGAGAAUAUCACCGAAGAGAUCGAGAUCGGGAUAGAGAAAGGGAUAGAGACAGAGACAAGCAUAGAGAUAGAGAUAGGGAUCGUAGGCAUAGGAAUUCCAACGCUUACGAUGAAGAAGAAGAAGACAUGAGAAAUGGUGCCACAAACCCUAGCCGGAGAAUUGGGGAUGAGCCUGAAUUGUAUCAGGUAUACAAAGGGAGGAUCUCGCGGGUAAUGGACACUGGAUGCUUUGUCCAGUUGAAUGAUUUCAGGGGAAAAGAAGGACUUGUUCAUGUUUCUCAGAUGGCAAGUCGGAGAGUUGCCAGUGCAAAGGACGUUGUGAAGAGGGAUCAGGUUGUGUUUGUGAAGGUGAUAUCGGUUUCGGGGCAGAAACUCAGCUUUUCAAUGAGGGAUGUUGAUCAGAAUUCUGGGAAGGAUCUGCUGCCAAUGAAGAAGAGCUCGGAGGAUGAUGUUUUCAGGGCAAACCCUUCUGAUGGGAGUCGGGGGCCGAGAACAAGGACGGGGCUUUCUGGGAUUACAAUUACAGAAGAGGAUGAGACUGUGCCAUCCAGGCGACCAUUGAAAAGGAUGAGCUCACCUGAGAGGUGGGAGGCCAAGCAGCUGAUUGCUGCCGGGGUUCUGGAUGUGAGAGAGUAUCCAAUGUUUGAUGAGGAUGGGGAUGGGAUGCUAUAUCAGGAUGAAGGUGCUGAGGAGGAGCUCGAGAUUGAAUUGAAUGAAGAUGAGCCUGCAUUCUUGCAUGGACAAAGCCGGUUCUCAAUUGACAUGUCCCCUGUUAAGAUUUUUAAGAACCCAGAAGGUUCAUUGAGCAGGGCAGCGGCACUACAAUCUGCUUUGAUUAAAGAGAGGAGGGAGGUCCGAGAGCAGCAGCAGAGGACAAUGCUGGAUUCAAUACCGAAGGACCUCAAUCGACCGUGGGAGGACCCUAUGCCUGAGACUGGUGAGCGGCAUCUUGCUCAAGAGCUGAGGGGUGUUGGAUUGUCAGCCUACGAUAUGCCUGAGUGGAAGAAAGAUGCUUAUGGGAAAGCUUUGACCUUUGGCCAGAGAUCCAAGUUGUCAAUACAGGACCAAAGGCAGAGCCUUCCGAUUUUCAAGCUGAAGAAAGAGUUGGUCCAAGCUGUGCAUGAUAAUCAAGUUUUAGUUGUGAUUGGUGAGACAGGUUCAGGGAAGACAACACAAGUGACUCAGUAUCUUGCUGAAGCAGGGUAUACUACAAAGGGUAAGAUUGGAUGUACUCAGCCUCGUAGAGUAGCAGCAAUGUCUGUUGCAAAGAGAGUGGCGGAGGAGUUUGGAUGCCGGUUGGGUGAGGAGGUCGGUUAUGCUAUUCGGUUUGAAGACUGCACUGGACCAGAGACAGUGAUCAAGUACAUGACAGAUGGUAUGUUGCUGAGGGAGAUUUUGGUUGAUGAGAAUCUUUCUCAAUACUCAGUUGUUAUGCUGGAUGAAGCUCAUGAGCGAACAAUUCACACUGAUGUGCUCUUUGGUCUGCUAAAACAGUUGGUAAAGAGGAGGCCUGACCUUCGGUUGAUAGUCACUUCUGCCACACUUGAUGCUGAGAAAUUUUCUGGGUACUUCUUUAACUGCAACAUUUUCACCAUUCCGGGUAGAACAUUUCCUGUUGAGAUACUCUACACAAAACAGCCGGAAAGUGAUUAUCUAGAUGCAGCUUUGAUCACUGUGCUGCAGAUCCACUUGACAGAACCUGAAGGUGAUAUCCUUCUCUUCUUGACAGGGCAAGAAGAGAUUGACCAUGCUUGUCAGUCUCUCUAUGAGAGAAUGAAAGGUCUGGGGAAGAAUGUACCUGAAUUGAUUAUUUUGCCUGUGUAUAGUGCUCUACCAAGUGAAAUGCAAUCGAGGAUUUUCGAUCCAGCCCCACCUGGGAAGAGGAAAGUUGUUGUUGCCACUAAUAUUGCUGAGGCUUCUUUGACUAUUGAUGGGAUAUAUUAUGUUAUUGAUCCUGGAUUUGCAAAGCAGAAUGUUUAUAACCCAAAGCAAGGGCUUGAUUCCCUUGUUAUUACGCCAAUCUCACAAGCAUCAGCCAAACAGCGAGCAGGGCGUGCUGGACGUACGGGGCCUGGAAAGUGUUAUCGGCUCUACACAGAGAGUGCAUAUCGAAAUGAAAUGUCACCUACCACUAUUCCAGAGAUCCAGAGAAUUAACCUUGGCACAACAACACUUACUAUGAAAGCUAUGGGGAUAAAUGAUCUUUUAUCUUUUGACUUUAUGGAUCCUCCUUCUCCUCAAGCACUUAUAUCUGCUAUGGAGCAGCUGUACAGUCUAGGAGCUUUGGAUGAAGAAGGCCUUCUCACAAAAUUGGGCAGGAAAAUGGCUGAAUUCCCACUUGAACCUCCAUUGUCAAAGAUGCUGCUUGCUAGUGUAGACCUAGGCUGCAGCGAUGAGAUCCUGACUAUCAUUGCAAUGAUUCAGACAGGGAAUAUCUUUUACAGGCCCAGGGAGAAACAGGCACAAGCAGAUCAGAAAAGAGCCAAAUUUUUCCAACCUGAAGGAGACCAUUUAACAUUGCUUGCUGUUUAUGAGGCUUGGAAGGCUAAAAAUUUUUCUGGGCCUUGGUGCUUCGAGAAUUUUGUGCAAUCUCGUUCUCUUAGGAGGGCACAGGAUGUUAGAAAGCAGCUCCUUACCAUCAUGGACAGGUAUAAGCUCGAUGUUGUCAGCGCUGGUAAAAAUUUUACCAAGAUUCGGAAAGCAAUAGCCGCCGGGUUCUUCUUCCACGCAGCUAGGAAAGACCCCCAGGAAGGUUACAGGACAAUAGUAGAGAACCAGGCAGUUUACAUUCAUCCCAGCAGUGCUCUUUUCCAAAGGCAACCUGAUUGGGUUAUCUAUCAUGAACUUGUGAUGACUACAAAAGAGUACAUGCGUGAAGUUACCGUUAUCGACCCCAAAUGGCUCGUAGAACUCGCUCCGAGAUUUUUCAAAGCUGCAGAUCCUACAAAAAUGAGCAAGCGCAAGCGGCAAGAGCGCAUUGAACCCUUAUACGACCGAUACCAUGAACCAAAUUCCUGGCGAUUAAGCAAACGUCGUGCUUGACCAAAUCGUAUUAUUAUGUAUAUUGAGCUAACUUGUUUAAGCUUGCGGCAGAAAAAAAGGCCUGGAGAUCGGUUUUGACGUGUGAUCUUUGCAAGUUUUGUUUUGAAGAAGCUUUAGAAAUGUUGACGAGGAGAUCGGCAUGGCGAAGCGUCAACAUUCAACAUUAGGAUCUCCAUUUAUGGGCAGAUUGAAAAUGGCUGUAAAGAAUGAAUGAUCAGAAGGGGAAGUUGUAUAUUGAGUGGCAAAUGGUCUGUAUCUUUUAGUUACCUUGUAAUGGGGUAGAAUUAUUCCAGUUUUUGAAAUAGAAAUGUUCUAUUGCCUUUCCCUGAGAAGAAAGAAUGAUACAUGUUUAGUUUUAA